CAGGAUUCUCGCCGAUGCCCGAGCGCCAGGGCAUGCUCGUCCUUCCACGGGGGCCUCGGACGAGAUCCUGAGGGCCUCGGCUGGGCAGUGGUGCGCGUGGCUGCAGGGCCCCGAGUUCCCCCUGACGGGCUUCGAGCCGAAGGCAAUCGUUUCUGACCAGCCCAAGCAGGACACGGGAGCCGGGGUGGGCACGACUGCCGAGGACGACACCGACAAAACCGAGCAGGGUGAGCUCCGAAGACCCGAUCUCCGAAGACCUUCGGAGGCUUCAUCGGAGGCAUCAGGUGUAUCGGGGUCGCCUCGAGAGGAGUCGGACAAACUGGCGCCGGCGCCAAACGCCGUGGCUCCACUGGUCAUCCACAAAGGCUUUCACGCCAAGGCGCUCCAGCACAGGCCUGUCUUUACUGGAACGAGGCCCUGCUUCCAGGGCCACUACUACUACGAGGUGAAGAUAUGCUACAACUUCGCUCGCUCGCCUGAGGAUCUCUACUCGGCCCUCAGUACGGGCCAGGACGUCGACGACGAGACCAAGGCGAAAAAGGGAGGCGCGGGAUCCAUUGGGUGGAGCACCCCCGCGUUCUUGGGAGACCACCUUUUGAAAGGCGUCGGCGACGACAGGUUCUCGUGGGGCUACGAAGGCGGCAAUCCUGGGAAGCCUGGUUUGAUUAAAUUCUGCGGCAAGCGGUUUGGACCGAAGCUGGAUCACGCGCUGCCCAAGUGGGAGGAGAGAAUGGUCGUCGGCGUCGCGUGCUCCAUCACAGAUAGCCAGGCGAAGAUGUACUGGACCCUGAAUGGCGAGCUCUUUACUACUGAUGAGCCAGACCCGGUCGACUUGUCUGUGUAUUCAGAGCCCGGCCUCGUGCCAGCGAUUUCCUUGCAUGAAGGGCUCGAGAUUCAGAUCAACCUUGGCCCGAACUUCUGGUACGGGAAGAAAACAGGGAGCAGCCUGGUCACCCCGUGGGCUGGCUGCGAGCAGCCUUUCAAGCCAGUGCGGGCGCUCAAGGCGGGCGAGGCAGGCACCUUCGGGGCCACCAUGCCGCAGAGGGUCCGCUCCGGCUCUGUGACUUCCGUGGACGGCGGCGAGGACACCGUGCGACCAGGCCCGGACGGCGAGGGCGCUGCCACGCUGCAGCCGAGUGUCCACGACAUGGACCUGUGGAAGGGGCCGCCAGAGCAGGCAGCGUCUGGAACGGGAGCCGCCGGUGCGGCCGUCGCAGCCAGUGAGUGGGCUACUGGUGAUUCUGCGGGGGAGUUGAGGAAGUGGGUGGAGAAGCACGAAGCGGCAUUGAAGACCGGCGUCCACUUGAAUCUGUCUGGCUUUCUGCAGGUUGAGACUCAACGAGGCGCCAUGGCUGUAAUCGCAAAGCUGCUGGACAUCCUACUGGAGCGCAAAGCACAGAUACACUCCAUCGACCUGAGUCGCAACCCACAGCUGGGCCUGGACAGGGAGAGCCAGGACCGGGUCCUCCGCGCAGUGGCAAAGCUCAUGAAGGACCCGAAGAUCCCGCUAACGAAGGUGGUUCUCGGCCAGUGCAAACUUCAAAGCGAUGACGCGCUGAAUACUCAUUCGACGGGCCUCGGGUCAGUGAUUGGGGCCUUGGACCCGACGCUACCAGACGGCUUCAGAGUGAAUGAGCUCGAUCUUAGUGGCAACGAGCUGGGAGAGGCGAUGCGUCACGUGUCCGACAAGAAAAAGGAGGACGAGAUGUUCGUCCAAGACCUGCUCCUGUCGGUCAGGACGCUCUCGCUCCAGGGCAACGAGAUGAACUACCAGGACCUCCGCGGACUACUGCCUGGGCUCACGGGCAGUGCACAGGUCAGGGACAUCCGGCUCGGGGACAACAUCCUCGACGACACCGGCGCGGUCGAGCUGGCCACCGAGCUGGGCUACAACCGCGAGUUGCGCGCGCUGGACCUGCGGAACACCACGAUGUCGCCCAAGGGCAUCUUCGCGCUCACCUCCUGCAUCACGCCGAGCCACAAGCUGUCGCACCUCAACCUGAGCUUCAACAACGUCGGUAAGGACGGCGCCUCGGCCAUCGCGAAGCUGGUGAGCAUCUACCCCCGGCUGACCCACCUGGACGUGACCUCUGCCGAGAUCCCGUCCGAGGGCCUGAGGGAGAUUGUGGCGACCCUGAUAACGGCGCCCUGCCAGCUGGAGACGCUCAAGAUCGGUGACAACGAGCUCAACAACGAAACGGGCGAGGAGGUUGCGAGGUUCCUGAACUCCGGGAGCGCCAGCAGGAAGUCCCUCAGGUCGCUGGACCUCGGCUCGCGCUCGUCGUUCACGCGGGGCUUCGAGGCGUGCGACCUCCUGAGGGGCUGCAGGGCCGCGCUGCAGAGCCUGGUCUUCCGUGGGCAGAGCCUCGAGGUCGAAGACCGCUGCAAGUUCAUCUUUGCGGGCUGCAAGCACUGCAUGGACCUGGCCAGCCUCGACGUGGGCCUGAUCAAGAUCGACAGGAGCGAGGGCUCGAAGCUGCGGGUGGGCAAGCUCUUCGAGAGGCCGCUGACGUUCCUGCUGACCGACGGCAUGGCGGGAAACGACCCCACGAAGAGGGUGGAUGCGGUGAAAGACUACAUGGUGGUGUCGGCGUCGCGGAUCGAGCUGAUCGAGUUCUUGAUCAAGCAGCGGAACGAGCCGCCUCGCAAGGGCGAGGAUGGCAAGCGGGUGCGCCCUUUCGUGGACACGCGGGACGCCAUCAGCGCCAUACAUGGCAUCGUGAGAAUAUGUAAUGAGGACACGGAUUGGCCACAAGAGCUCCGCGACUGGCGCACGAAAGUCGUCGAGCUGAUGCUGGGCCCGACUGCUAAAGAGGGUUUCUGCGAAUCCAGAUUGGUGCAGCUGCCUGUGUGUACUGCCGUCCUGGCAGCAACGAGUGACGAGAAAGUGAUCCACCACGCGAGCGUGCGCGAGAAGGUGGACGCAUGGCAGGUCCGAGCCAAGGAGGACGGGAAGACCGUGCUGCAGGAGGCCAUCGAGGCGGAGUGCUCCGAGAUCGCCUGCCUCGUCGUGAAGCGGAACAGCGCGGUGAAGUCCGAGUUCCUGCAGGGGCAGGACAAGCAGGACGUGACGCAGCUGUACUCCUCGCUGUGCAGCACCGAUGGCCAGCAGAAAUUCGACCGCGAGCCCGACUACAUCGGGAUCAACGACCCCUCGGACGCGACCCUCCUGGUGCCCCUGCGAGCCGCGGCCUCGCGGGGCAUGUGGCAGGUGGUGCAUGCCUUGCGGCAGGCGGCCAGGUGCGUAGACGGCUACGAUCAGAACGUGUUCGGCACGAAGCACAGGCAGCGCACCGUCUGGCACGACCUCGCGACGCCUGAGUGGAGUGCUGGGGGGCCGAAGGGGCAGCAGGGCCAGCAGUCCGUCAACGCCGCGGAGCAGAUCAACUGGGCGGAGGACCUCAUCACCAAGGACUGCUCGCUCCUGGCGAAGGCCUACGACGACGAAGGGAGGCUUCCCCUGCACUGGGCUGCACAGAACAAUCACCCGCAGCUCACGAGGAUCCUCGUGGACCUCUACUGCCCAGGUUACGAGUACCUGCUGAAGAAGCGGGACCUACGCAAUUUUAGCCCUCUGGAGUUGGCGGUGAAGCAUGGUAACAUUCAGACAGUGAAGGCUCUGGUUGCGGCAACCGAGCAGCACAGCAGCUUGACGAACUUGAGCAUCACUUCGAGUUUCAAGAGAGAAGGCAACCCGUACCUCGACGACAACGAGGCUGGCUGGGGUGCGUCCAAGAUCGCACGUUUCCUCUAUUGGGUCUUUCGCAAUGAGCCGUCCAGGAAGGAGAUCUGUUGGCCAUGCAGUGCCUACCACCUUGUUCUGCUACAGAUGAACGUCGUCAUGAGGGGCGACCACACGGAUAUGAAUGAAGGCUUGGAUAUCGACAGAAAGCACAAACACAAGGGGAUAUUUGGGCGAGUUUUGAGCCAGCAGUCUUCGAUCCAGAGGAGGAAGCGGAAGCGGGGAAGAAAGGCGGCGCCAGAUGAGACGUCGAAGGAGAUCAUGCAUGCGAUCCGGCGCGGUGACGGGGUUACCUACAGAAGGUUAUUCUUGAUCCGGUACUUGUUGAAGAAGAUGACGUUGUGGGUCGUCAUCAUGGGUAUGCUUUUCCUCGUUGCACAGACAGUAUUUGUUGGUGGAUGGCUGUCGAACACGAGAAUGUCUCCAGCGCUGACGCAACAUGCGACAUCAUGGAUGUUCGAUUGGAACUUCGAGAAAAACGUUGUAGAAUCUGAGGUUCCUUGGGAAACCGAGAAGUUCGCGACGACGUUCUACGACCUGUCGACGCCAGAAGACGUGUGGACGUUCAUAAAUGGCACUCUGUUCGGAUUCAUCUUUCCCGGCCUUGGGCCAGGCGAGGUCGGGUCUUCGUCUUUCUUGAUAGGCAGCCCCGUGAUCCAGAUGGCGCCCUGGGUCUACGGUGACUGCGACACCCUCCUCAUGAAGAUCCCCAGGGUGUUCGAAGGCCUCGGGUCGGACUCGGACACGUGCAUCGUCGACAGGG